CUAAGCCAUCGGAAGCGGAGGCCAGAAUUUGAGAAUGCUGAAGAAUUUUUUGCAUCUGAUCCCAUCAAAAUUGAUGGACCACCGCCACCCGGAACUGGUGUCAAAGGAGGUCAAACGGUAGAGGAUUUAGAAGAAAUGAUGGUCAAGAAUUCAUCAAUGCUGAAGCCACCAAAGAAAUCACAAAAGACUAUCUAA